GUAUUGCUUAAUAUACUUAUAGCAUUCUUCUUUACUUUAAUAGGUAGUAAACUACUUAGUAAUAGGCUUAUUUACUUUCUUACUAUACUAGGCAUUAAUAUAGAGCUAGGCUACUUAUAUAUAGUAAAGAAUUACUUAUAUAUACUUGCUAGCAUAGUAUACUAUAUAUAUGCUUAG